CCGGUCUUUGACACACUGUUAGUGCAGGUUUUAUUAUUCGACCAACACUCAAUUGAUCUAGGAGCACCAAACAUUGGACCAGUGUGUGCUAGAAUGCGACCUCACAUGAUGUGCAUGUUCGUAUUAUUUAGUGCAUGGUGGGUUAUAGCAAUUGAAAUGAUGCUGUAUCCAAUCAUUACCCAUUACGAUUUCAGAGGCAAUGACAAGUACAUCAAUUCAUCGAUCGUCGUCAUCGGCGCCAAUCCAUUGAACAAAUCAUUUAUACUGGAGUUCUUUGUGUUACGUACAAUAAGAGAUGCAAAGAUCGUUCUGACCCUGUCCGUGAGAGCAUUCGACGGUGUGGGAAAGACCGCACUCUUUACCCGGUUCGUCGACGGUUGCGAAUUCAUACGGCGCCCGAACAGUGAUCGGCUGAUCAAAGCGUUUUAUGAGGAAAUUACAAAACAUAGUAGAAUAAAACGCUGCCCGUACUAUCCAGGUGACUCAAUCAUGUUAAACAUCACGCCGUACUCACUCGCCAUGCCAAGCUUCGUGCCGGAGACGGACUGUUUUUUCGAUGUCAAAACCUUCACGAAUGCACGCACGGAACUCAUCUUCGAAACGCACUGGCACAGUACCAUGACCCGGCGCGAAAAUGUAAGGAAGGUGCUGAGCAAAGCGCAUAAUGUGAAAACGAGAUGAAUGAUUUCAAAAGUCGCAAACACGUGACUGUCAAUAAAGCCUCCUGUAUGGAGAGGAAUGGA